AUGGACCCCCACCUUCUCCUGAAAGCUAUAGGUUUUAUCCUUCUUGUGAUAAUUGGAAUCCCAGGAAACAUCUUCCUUCUUUUGCAAUUUGCUUACAUCAAAAUCUAUGAGAAGAAACUUCUACCAACCUACAUAAUACUGACAGUGUUGGCCAUGGCUAAUUUUCUUAUUAUUCUUUCUCGUAUCAUCCCACAGUCCUUGAAUGCCAUAGGUGUAGAGGAUUUGCUUAAUGACACAGAGUGCAAGUUUGCCAUAUAUACUUAUAGAGUUAGUAGGGCCAUGUCUAUAUGUGUCACCAGUUUGCUUAGCUGUCACCAGUGUAUUCUCAUUUCACCAACAUCUAGAGGUUGGACUUAUCUAAAACAGAAUGUGACACAAUACUUGUGGGUCAUUAUUUUAUUUUUCUGUAUCAUGAAUUUCUCAAUGUACCCAUACAGUUUUAUGAGCACUUUUGCCAGGAGAAACAUUACAACUUCUCCAUAUGCUCUCCACCUGGUAUAUUGUGAUACCGACUUUCUGACUUACACAGCAUAUAUUGUCAACGGAACAGUAUAUUUUAUUCGGGACUUUAUCUUUGUGGGACUUAUGUUGCUGGCAAGCAGUUACAUGGUAUAUAUAUUGCUUCGACAUGAGAGAAAUAUGAAAGGGAUUAGGAAUUCAGACAGAGGUCAAAAGAGAUCAGCUGAGUAUAAGGCUUCAAGAGCUGUCAUUUUAUUGGUUGUCGUUUAUGUGGUGCUAUUUGGGCUGGACAACUCCAUGUGGAUUUACACACUAACUAUGUCUAAUUUGAGCCCUAACAUGAAUGAUAUUCGGAUAUUUUUAGCCUCUUCAUAUGCAACUCUAAGUCCCAUAGUUAUCAUAAUAACCAACCCUAAGCUUCAGCACUGUUGGAAAUACUUUCAUAGGAAGAAGCCUUUCCAGAAAUAUAUAGAAAGCAAUGGACUUGUGUUCUCCAUAAAUAAAUAG